UUAUGCUUUCUGAUUAAUUGUAGCGAUCUCUUAGAGAAUUGAUAACCGACGGGUUUUUAGUUCCCGUCCUCGUUACAUUCGCGUCGCCAUAGCGGUCGCUAUGCAAUUCGCCAUGCGGGUUUAUGCAUUGUUUCCUCCUUCAUUUCACGGCACCUUCACGAUCACCAUGAAAGUUGAACAGAGUUCAACUUUUACACGGAUGAAGGAGCAAGGAAAUUUUUAGAAACCAUUACAAUUUUAUAAAUAUUUCCAUUUGCGAUUUCAAAAUUUCACAAAAUGACUACAAAAGUGAUAUCUGCGCCCAAAUCUCCACUGGAUCUGGAAGAAAAAUUAAUUCUUCUAGUUCAGCAACGUCCAGCACUGUACGACAAGAAGGAUCCUGCAUACAAAAAUAGAAACACUCGUGCGGUGAUGUGGGAGGAAAUUGGAAAGCUACUAGGAAAGACAGAGUUCGAUUGUCAACAACUGUGGACAAAAUUACGCAGCCAAUUCAGCGGAUUCCUGCGAAAAUUACGCAAUCCAAGUGGAAAAGAGGACAAGCCACGUCCCUUCUUCCGGCAUGAAGGAGCAAUGCGUUUCAUCCGUGACAUUGUUGACCCGGAUGAAAGGUAAUAGUAGUUUAUAUUUAAUUGAGUAAUGAGUUGGUUAAAUAAUUUUGGUAAUGAAACUAUCUCUAAACAAACAGUACCGUGUCCAAUCUCGUGACUGAAGAUGAUUCUUUUUGUUUUUUUGUUUUUGUUUAAUUGGCAUAAUUGUUUUUGUGAGAUUAUGAAAUGGCUAUGAUUUUUUACGGGUUUUUACUUUCCCUUCGAUGACCGAUAGCUAAAACUAGCGUUGAGAGAAAGCGAUCGUAAAAACUACAGAAAGUGUAAACCCGUUAUGAAGGAAGGAACGCUAACGCUAUGGCGACGUUAUGUAACGAGGACGUUAAGCAUAAACCAUACUUAAG